CUGUCUGCGCGUUCGCGUACCUCCCUCCCCACCCAGGAGUGAGCGCACGCGAGUAUUUCCACAGCACGAGAGAGAGUGAAAUACACCAGAGUCAGCCCGCAGAGAGACACACAUGAGCACAAGCGGAGCAGUGUUUCAAUGAAUGAUCCAGCAGCAGCAGCAGCAGAAACAUGCGCUUCUCAGCCACGCCUGCCCUGAACAACACCGUGAACUAGGAUACAAGGUCACCUGGUGGGCUGGUUCCUCUCCGUCUUGCAUCGCCUCCUUUAGUUCUUCUCCUCCUCUGAACUCUGAAGCCUUUUGAGGAGCGAGGUCAUGGCACCGUUUUCCUCUCCCAUCCUCCUCCUGUCUCUCAUCCUCUUCCUUUCUCUGCCUCCAUCCUGUUCUCCUGAAUCCCAGUGGGAAGAACCGUCUCUCCAGCCCUCCGUCGCUCCAGAAGCUCCAUCAGAACUUUACAGUAACGUGACCGAUGACAGCGAUGGGGUCACAACGAAAAAAAAGUGCAAUCAACUGGUGGAAUGCAAUCCUGGAAUCCUGCUGCCCGUGUGGAAGCCCAUCAAUCCCAGCCUGGGAGAGCAGAUUGUCCGGGCCAUCGUGUAUUUUGUCUCUCUCAUGUACAUGUUUCUGGGGGUGUCCAUCAUCGCUGAUAGGUUCAUGGCAUCUAUAGAGGUCAUCACCUCACAGGAGAAAGAGGUGACCAUCACAAUGCCAAAUGGAGAAACGUCAGUGGCCACCGUGAGAAUCUGGAACGAAACCGUGUCCAAUUUGACUCUGAUGGCUCUGGGAUCGUCCGCCCCUGAGAUCCUCCUGUCGGUCAUUGAGGUGUGUGGUCAUGGGUUUGAAUCUGGUGAGCUGGGUCCGGGCACCAUCGUGGGCAGCGCUGCUUUUAACAUGUUUGUGAUUAUUGGAAUCUGUGUGUGGGUGAUUCCUGAUGGUGAAGUGAGGAAGAUCAAACAUCUGAGAGUCUUCUUCAUCACCGCCUUCUGGAGUAUCUUUGCUUACAUCUGGCUCUACCUGAUUCUGGCCAUCAUCUCACCUGGAGUCGUGGAGGUAUGGGAGGCUCUGGUCACUCUCUGCUAUUUCCCUGUUUGUGUGAUUCUGGCCUGGAUCGCUGACCGGCGCCUCCUUUUCUACAAAUACAUGUCCAAGCGCUACCGUGCCGACAAAAGGACAGGGGUUGUUGUGGAGACCGAGGGGGACAUGACCCCCAAAGGUAUGGAGAUGAUGCUGGACGGCAAGUUUCCACUGAGGGGCGGAGCCAUAGGGAUCGGCACACAGGAACAUUGCCAGGAUGGAACCGGCAACAUAGCAGGCACCAUGCCAACUCUACCCAACUCCAACAGCACAACUGUUUACAUGGAUGGUGCCAAGGACCUGGACGAGAGCCGUAAAGAAGUGAUCCGGAUCCUGAAGGACCUGAAGCAGAAAUACCCAGAUAAGGAGUUUGAUCAGCUGGUGGAAUUGGCCAACUACUACGCCCUCCUCCAUCAGCAGAAAAGUCGCGCCUUUUACCGUGUCCAGGCCACGCGCAUGAUGAUCGGGGCCGGUAAUGUGUUGAAGAAACAUGCAGCAGAUCACGCUCGCCGUGCUGUUGUGGCAGGCUGCGAUGAGGCUUCAGAUGAGGAUGACCUGGCCGUCUGCAGCCACAUCUCUUUCGAGAGCACACACACUCAGUGCAUGGAGAACUGCGGCACCAUCAAGAUACCCGUGGUGUGUCGAGGAGGCCUGGGGGAGAGCACUUUCUACGUUGACUACUGUACGGAAGAUGGCACAGCCAAUGCCGGCUCAGAUUAUGAGUACUGCGAAGGGACUCUGGUGUUCAAACCAGGAGAAACCAGGAAAGAAAUUAAGGUGGGCAUCAUCGAUGAUGACAUCUUUGAGGAAGACGAACACUUCUUUGUGCGUUUGCUGAACCUGCGUGUCGGUGAUGCGGAGGGUAUGUUUGAGAGUGAUGACGCGGCUCAGGCUCCCAAGGCCCGGCUGGUGGAACCGCUGAUGGCCACGGUCACCAUCCUGGACGACGACCACGCAGGGAUCUUCACUUUCACAGACCGCCUGGUGCGAGUGAGCGAGAGUGUGGGAACCAUGGAGGUAACGGUGGUCCGGAACUCUGGCGCACGCGGAACCGUGAUCAUUCCAUACCACACAGAGAACGGCACGGCCCAAGGGGGAGGGGUAGACUACGAAGACGCGCACGGAGAGCUGGAAUUCACCAACGACCAGACAACUCAGACCCUUCAGGUGAGGAUCACUGAUGAUGAAGAGUACGAGAAACAUGAGAAUUUCUUCAUCGUUCUUGAGGAACCGCGCUGGCUGAAGAGAGGAAUCUCAGCCCUGCUGCUGAACCAAGAGGAUCCGGAGGGGCAGUUGAGUGCGGAGGAGGAGGAGGCCAGGAAGAUAGCAGAGAUGGGAAAACCUGUUUUGGGGGAGCACAGCCGCCUGGAGGUGGUGAUCGAGGAGUCAUAUGAGUUUAAGAGCACCGUUGAUAAACUGAUCAAGAAGACGAACCUGGCGCUGGUGAUCGGCACGCACUCGUGGCGAGAACAGUUCGUGGAGGCCGUGACCGUCAGCGCAGGUGAUGGAGAUGAAGAUGAAGAGGAGGGUCGAGAGGAGCGUCUCCCGUCCUGCUACGAUUACAUCAUGCACUUCCUGACGGUGUUCUGGAAGGUUCUGUUCGCGUUUGUUCCGCCCACGGAGUACUGGAACGGCUGGGCAUGCUUCGUGGUGUCCAUCAUUGUAAUCGGCCUCCUCACGGCCAUCAUCGGAGACCUGGCUUCACACUUCGGCUGCACCGUGGGCCUCCGGGACACCGUCACCGCAGUGGUGUUCGUGGCCCUGGGCACUUCUAUCCCAGACACGUUCGCCAGUAAAGUCGCCGCCACACAGGAUCAGUACGCAGACGCCUCCGUGGGAAACGUCACGGGCAGCAACGCCGUCAACGUGUUUCUGGGCAUCGGUGUGGCCUGGUCCGUGGCAGCGGUGUACUGGGCCGUCCAGGGAAAGAGCUUUAACGUGGAUCCCGGCUCGCUGGCCUUCUCCGUCACCCUCUUCACUAUUUUUGCCUUCAUCUGCAUGGGGGUGCUGCUGUUCCGCCGCCGGCCGUCUAUCGGCGGAGAGCUGGGCGGCCCUCGGGUCUCACGCCUGCUCACUACGCUCCUCUUUCUGGGUCUGUGGUUCCUCUACAUCCUCUUCUCCAGCCUGGAGGCCUACUGCCAUAUCGAGGGCUUCUGAACAGCUCUGAAAGGGAGAAACGGGGAGCAAACACUUGUUACGACACACACUUAUAUCUACAAACAGGCUUGAUAAACUACAUACAUCAACACAAGUUUGCACACACACACACACUUACAAAACACUUACGAAUCGCUGAAUGCACAUCACUCAGCUUAGAUGAGACCUAGAAGAGAAUCUGAGGUGAAAGACAAAAAGAGAUGGAUGAUGCUGGAGAGAGAUGAAAGGGAAAAAAAGGAAGCAAAGCAUGUAGCAACACAGAGGGCAAAGAUGAGAGCGAUGUACUGUAAAGAGGGAGCGAUGCUGUAAAAUCGUCACACUUCUAUCUUAGGCAGAACUGAGGACUUUUGUUUCACACUGCAGACAUUGUCAUGUAACAGGUAUUCUUAUGGUUCAAGGGCCCAAUAACUAUGAGUAAAGAGAAAUGGUGUCUUCAGAACUCUAGGGACAGCAUUUUAGAUGCUAAUGAAAAUGCACCAGCAGUCGGGCUGCUAGCGAUGCGCAUCGUUCUGUACUAAAGCAGUCAUUUAUGAUUGUUGCUUGUACGAGAUGACUGCAGAGUUCUUGAGUAAAAGCAAGACGGUCUCAAAGCAUGUAAAAUUACAUUAGACACUGCACAGCAGGAUAUGAUGUCAUGUUCUAGGGCUAGGGCUAUUAUUUUAAUAAAUAAUAAUGCAGUCUAGUGUGACUGCACCUAACUUCGAAAUGGUUCCACCCAAGUAAGCCGUUUCACUAAUGUUGCCAAUUCUUCACCUGCUUGAUGUCGGAACUGAGCAAACUUAAAGUAAAAAAUAAUGUAAAGGGAAUGCUAAAUAAUGAAAUAUUUGUUUUGCAAAAAUAUUGUCCAUAAAUAUGUCAAAUUAAGACAAUUUAUCAGUGUACGUGACCAAGCAAUCCAAGACUUUCAAUUGUGCCCUGAACUGACAAAAAUAUGAUGCAUUUUAAUGUUAUUUAUGGUUAAUAAUUAUCUAUCACCAAUAUCUGUAUUUUCUCUUAGUCUCCCUUUUUCAGACACAUUUGUGCCCUACAAUAAAAAAAUACAUAAUAAUUUACGAUCUCAGCAAAACAGCGGCGAAAACAGUCUGGCUUAAGGGGAUAGUUCACACAAAAAGGGGAUAGUUGCUCCAAACCUGUAUGAUAUUUUGAAGUACCGCAUGUUGGUAACCAAACAGUCGUUGGUAGCCAUUGACUUCCAUAGUAUACAAUAGUAUUUGUUUCUAUACUAUGGAAGUCAUUAGCUACCAGCAAAUGUUUGUUUUCCCAACAUUCUUCAAAAUAUUUUAUUUUGUGUUCAACAAAAAAAAGUAAUUGAGGCUAUGUAUAAAACGAUGAUGCAUUUUUAGUCAUGUGACGCAGUCAUGUCAUUGGUACUGGAGGGUGAUUUUUGUGUGAAAUAUCCCUUUAAGACUAGACGAAAGCAGCAGUAGCUCUUGGGCAGAAGAUUUUUUUGAAGAUGGAAUUAGAACGUUAUCUGUUAGAAAAGUUAUCAGAGACUCAAUAUUCUGCUAGAUUAGCCUUCAUCCUCUGAUCGGGUCAGUUUGACUCCAAAUGGCUUUAUUUUUUAAUAAUUGUGUGUUCAUCUGAGUCACACUGAAUCCAGACACUUACAUUUAUUUUUACAUGCAUACAUAUUCUACACCUCAACAAUCCCUCUAAUUCAACGAACAAAACAUCUUAUCACUAUGACUGGGAUCUUCUGAAACGGAACACUGGACAUCAUAAUGUUUUGAAUCUUCGGUUGUUACAUUCAUUCUGAAACGGAACACUGGACAUCAUAAUGUUUUGAAUCUUCAGUUGUUACAUUCAUUGUGUACUUCCUCUGCCUAGAAACAAUGGAACUUCUCUUUUAAAAGUGUCAAUGUAAAGAUUCCACUGGAAACACUCACCGUCAUCUCCAACGGUCAAGCGUCAAGCCACUGGAAUGUACGCAAAACAUAGUAGUGUUCAGAGUAUGCUAGGAAUAAAAGACAUCUCCGUCUAUGCUUGCAGUGGCUGAAUGGGUACUGUCAAAGUAACUCUAAAUACAAGUUUAUUAGAAGAGCAAAUUAUUUGGGUGUCAAGUUUACUACAGUGAAAAACUGAAGCGUGUUUGUGGUCACUCAAUGCAUCCAAUGACUUUACAAGUUCUCAUAAUGAAACACUGAAUCAAAAUGUCAUUGUACAGUUUCUCUCUGCAUUGUGUAAACCUGUCUGGGGCUUCUUGGUCUAGAACAGUUAAGAGCUGCGCAGUGAUUGGUUCUUUAUAAACUCAUUAGCUGGUUAGUCCACUCAUUAUGCGUGGAGCUGAAAGUUGAUUGGUCCCUGACAGAUUCACAAUAAAAUGUUGUUUACUCGUAUAGCACUCAGGAUUGUGUGUAUAUGUACGUUAAGGGGAUUCCAAGCGUUUUUAUGUCAUCAGCUCAUCUGUCCGGUCUGUAGAUGUUUGUGUAGCGCUGUGUGGUGUGUGUACUGUGUUCUCCUGCUAUACUUUAGGGCUGGACUUUUGUCUGUGGUCUAGUCAAUCGAAAUGCAUGAUGGAGUACAUAUUGGCAGAACUAUAACGGCAUGCUUUGACUGAAGACAUGCAUGAAUUUGAAGUUUACAGUGUUUGUUACUAAAAGGGACAACAAUGAUGGCUGCCUAUGUCAGAUCUCUUUUAUAAUAUUUUGGUGAGAGAUCAGUACUUACAGGAAUUGUUCCCCAAAAAAUGAACAUUUUCUAAAAAAAAUGAAUAAAAUAUGCUCACCUUCAGGCCAUCCAAGAUGUAGAUGAGGUUGUUUCUUCAUCAGAUGUGGGGAAAUGUAGCUUUCCAACACUUGCUCACUUGCUCAUGGAUCCUCUGCAGUGAAUGGGUGCCGUCAGAAUGAGAGUCCAAACAGCUGAUAAAAACAUCCCAAUGAUCCACACACCACUCCAGUCCAUCAGUUAAGCAAUGGUGAAAACAAUGGAUUUGUUUCUUACAAAAACUCAGGUUUUCACUUCACAAGAUGUUCACUGAUGGACUGGAGUGCUGUGGAUUAUUGUGAUGUUUUUAUCAGCUGUUUGGACUCUCAUUCUGACGGCACCCAUUCACUGCAGAAUAUUCAUUAGUGAGCAAGUGAUGUGAUGCUACAUUACUCCAAAUCUGUUCUCAUGAACAAGCAAACUCAUCUACAUCUUGGAUGGCCUUAAUAAACAUUCAGCAAAUUUUCAGUUUUGGGUGAACUGUUCCUUUAAUAAACAACAUUUAAUUUAUUUAAGAGCAGAUCUAGAUGUCUUCUUUUCAAGAAUGUCUUGAGUUUAAAAAAAAGGCACUAUUGAUCUGUAUUUUUUCAUGCUUUGCCUCACAUAUUUUUUACACUGAACAAUGUUCACACCUAUGUUAACAGUUGAGAGAGAGAACUAUGCUCUCUGACAUAGAUAUUGUGCUAAUGAUAAAGCAUGAAAUCUUGUUUCAUACAUCAGCAUCAACAUAACCUGGCUUAAACAGACUGUUAAUCACUAGGUAGAAAACGCAUCAGUAGAAACUGGGGAAAAUGUUUCUUGUCUUUAACAGAGAUUUUCAUAUUUGAUAUCUGAAGCCCUGAAAGACGGGGCCAAUCCUAGAUUAGCAGAAUCCUAGAUCCGUUUUGUUCCCAAUUAUUGCCUUAAGAGACUUAUCGAUUAUUUAAUAUUUAACUAAUAACAUUUCAUAAUUGUAUCUGUAUUGUGUUACGUUAGUGUGUUUGUUUUCUCUGAGUGCAACAGAAACCAAAUUGAUUGAGACAAAGUGUGCAAUAUGUGACCCUACCCUGAGCAUCCGGCACAUCAGUAAACCCUUCGGUGAUACUUGGUGCCUAUCCCAAUCCCGUUAAAAACUACAAAGAGAAAGUGCAAUAAAUCUGACAAAUGACAAGAAGAGUCAUAGAGAUUUUCUGAAAGUUGAUGUUUGGUUUUAUCAUCGCUGAUCUUAUGUUUCUGGAGAAUCUGGAGAAAUCACCCAUUGCCCUGAAUGUCAGAUGUUUACUCUUUUUACGACUCUGUUAAUGUCGAAAGCUUUGUAAAACUUUUUGGAAUUUGACUUUGUGACAUUUCCAGUAGGCGAUUUUUCUAUUUCCAAGUGUACUCCAAUGGGUAGGAACCUCAGUAGUUAUUGAUGUAAUAGUUUUUUGAUAACUAUUUCCAAGAUGUUUAGAUAUUCUCAGUAGGUUUACUUGGGUUACAAGAAAUCACUGUAUGUUGUAUGAUAAUUCAGACUCCGUUUGCAGUGUUUACUAAUGCAGCGAAUUCAUCUCUAUGCUGCAUCCUUACAUCUAUCUAUCUGUCUAUCUAUCUAUCUAUCUAUCUAUCUAUCUAUCUAUCUAUCUAUCUAUCUAUCUAUCUAUCAUUUGUUUUUCUAAGGAAUUACAAGUAAUAUGUCUCUGUAAAAAUGUUUCUUGUGCACUGAGCCAAGGCUAUUUUUAUUUAUUAAUUGAUUUACUUUUUAAAAAUGUAACUGAUGAUAACAGAGUUAAAUGCACUGUAGUUGUGACUGUCUCGUCUGUUGACUGUGUGAAGGGCAUGUUCAUUGGGUAAAGGGCCAUCUUGGCUUUUUGCAACACACGUCUUCAUGUUUUCUGGUGAUGAUGUUGCAUUUCUGAUGUCCACCAGCGGCUGGACUGUGUUCAUUACUGUAAAUGUGAAGUUAUACAUGUGCCUCUAAUGUACAAAAUGCAUGAAGUACCCGUUGUACGCAUGAGCUAUUCUCAGUGUCAAUGUUUACAUUUAUAUCCCAUCUUUUUUUUUUUUUACAUGUAUUUUUUUCACCCAAUUCAUUAGAGAUAUUAUAGAUUGGAAUUGGAGGUGGCAAAGAUAACCUAUUGACAAACAGUUUACAUCUGCUUAGAGAAAUGUGAAAAAGAGUUACUACUUUCCAUGUUAUGAAUCUGUCUUGUUGUCCUCACAGUUUUGUAUGUUGUCUGUCUUGCUCCCCGCUUGUUUUUGUGCACUUCUAUCUGUGAUCAAUCUCUUCUGCCUGUUAAAUUACUUUAAUAAUGACUGACUGUCCAAAAUGAUGUGACAAUAAUAUAUAUAAAAUACUGUUAUAAUUCACUAAAAAGUUCAAUUUAAUAUUUUUGUUUGUUUUUUGUUGUUUUUGUUAAUUUUUUUAUGGAAGUAACAUAAAAAGGCAAGACAAAGCUAAAGGCAGAGGAGAUUUGUUUUGAAGAACGUGGCAUGAUGUGUACUGUGUCCCAAGAAGAAAAAAAUUAUGUAGCUGUUAGAGCUCAAGCAGACCUUAUUGAAUAUAGUUUAUUUAUUUUAAACA